AGGACAGCUCCGUGAUCGACUAGGCGGGCAAUUAUUGGGAAACAGGAAUAUCAUCGUUAUUAUAUUACCGCUGCUCCCGCUCCCGCUGAUACCUCAAUUGAAGAAUUACCUUCUGCAGAAGUGAUUGAUUGAAGUUGGCUCUCAGAUCAAUUUCGCCCCACCUGCUUGCACCUGCUAGUGGCUUAAUCGCAGAAAAUAAGUUCACAUGUCUUUCCACCACCACCACCACCCUGCGUUCUUGGAAUCGGCAUCCGAGCAACCGCAACCGCAGCAUAACCUCGCCGCCAACCAAUCACCGACCGAUCUCCCAGUCCUCUCACAAACGACAUCGCACCAGAGCAAUGGUCAAUCGCCAUCGUCGUCGUCGCCCGCCUUUAAUAUCGAUGACACCGACAAUUUCACCAAUCCGCUCACCGCAACCUCCAGCCGCUUAACGACGACAUACCCUGAGGGCGGACGCAAAGCAUGGUCGGUGGUGCUGGGCUCCUUCUGCGGGAUGGUCGCUUCCUUCGGCAUUAUGAAUACUAUCGGCACCUUUCAGGCCCACCUUUCUCAUAAUCAAUUGAAAGAGUAUGACCCGGGAUACAUCGGGUGGAUUUUUGGAAUGUACGCCUUCAUUAGCUUUUUUGGUGGGAUCCUGAUCGGGCCGAUAUUCGACUGUUAUGGGCCGAAGUGGCUUUUGGUCGGCGGGACGGUAUCGACGGUGGCUGGUUUGAUGCUUUCGAGCGUUUCGCACUGUGAGUCAUUCUGCUCUGAUGGUCCAUAGAAUUGGGUUGGAUGGCGCUGACGGGUCUUGCUUCCCAGCUUACUGGCAGUUUAUGUUGUCCUUUGGCGUGAGUAUAUCCAUCUGCCCGCUUCUAUGCACUGUACAUAUGCUAAAGGGCUCAUGGUUUAUAGGUAUUGGGAGGCAUAGGCACAUCCCUGAUCUUCACACCUGCGGUCGCCUCUAUCGGCCACUGGUUUCUCGAAAAACGCGGGUACGCCACUGGUGUCGCCACAACGGGCGGAUCAAUCGGCGGGAUCAUAUUCCCACUGGUAAUCCAAUCCGCGACGCCCAAAGUUGGCUUCGGCUGGGCCGUUCGUAUCGUGGGCUUUAUGUGCCUAUUCCUAAUGGUAUUAGCGAACUGGCUUAUCCGCGCGCGACUCUCGGAUGUCAAUGCCACGCCUCUAUCACCCGCGUCCGAGUCCUCGAGCAUCUCCUCGCCUUCCAUAAUUGCGGCGGCGACGCCCACAGAAAAGAAUUGGAAGAGCAAAUUCCGGAAGAGCACGCCCAAGAGGGGCCUCAGCGAAUUCAUCGACCUGGCAGCAUUCAAAGACCCCCGGUUCGCGCUUACAGCCCUGGGAGUGUUCAUGAUCGAGUGGGGCAUCUUCGUCCCCUUGAGUUACAUCACCUCAUACUCCCUCUCACACCUCCACCUCCCGCACGCCUUCUCCUACCAGCUCCUAGCAAUCCUGAACGCCGGCUCGGUAUUCGGCCGCUGGCUCCCUGGCCUCGUAGCGGAUAGGAUCGGGCGGUUCAAUAUGAUGAUAAUCACGGUCGCCUUCUGCCUAGUAACGGCGCUAGUGGUGUGGUUGCCGUCGGCGUACAUGCGUGAUGGGAGCGUUGGCAGGACCAAGGCUCUCAUGGUCGUGUUCGCCUUGAUGUACGGGUUUGGGAGCGGGGGUGGGAUCAGUCUUACGCCGGUCUGUGUCGGUCAGAUCUGUGAGACUAGGGAGUACGGAAGGAAGUACGGGACUUGUUACUUUUUCGCCAGCUUUGGGUUUGUUCCCGCCCACAUUCUUGGGUUGAUGAUUUGUUGCUGACGAUAUUCUGUGAUGUCUACAGAACGCUCACGGGCAUUCCAAUCGCCGGACAAAUCAUCCACUUGAUGAACGGUCACUUUACGGGGCUAAUCAUAUUCACCAUCGGAUCUUAUGUUGCCGCUGGCGCGUUCUUUAUCGCCGCCAGAGUUGUGGGCGCCGGCGCAGGGCUCAGAACCGUUUAUUAAGCAUUUUCUGUCGAUUCCUAUGUUCUGUUUGUGCGAAUGUUUCUUGGUCAGGGCAUUUUUGUGCGCGGUUACUCAUAACUUAGAGGGCGUUCUUGGAUGAUAUAUUAUGUUUGAUUUGAUGCAUGCAUGUUUGGUCCGCUACAUAAUAUUAACAGAUGUAUGAUAGACGUUUGAUGUAUGCAUGUUUGGUCCGCUACACGAGACAUUAACAGAUGUAUGAUACCGUAUACGUUGCGAAAAUUGAUAUGGAGCUAAACUUAAUGUCUUGUGAGAGGAGAUUUGUCUAUAACUAUUCCAAGAGGGAGGAGCACGAAAAAAAAAAAAAAAAAAAAAGAAAAACCCUCCCCCCUAUAGCUAAAUUAUCAUUGCAGGCAAAUAUCGCUGCGGCUAUAUUCUAACAAGGAAAAUUUCUGCUAGCGCGGGUGGGCCACGGAACUGAGUACAGUAACUGGUGACUCUGUGCAACUCGAUUGAGAAAUGCAGAAGAGUGCUAUUACCGGCAGUGUAUAUCCGCUGAACCCGAAUCCCAUCGACGGGGUAGGUACCGACCUCGCCAGCCAAGUUACAGUACAGUACAGUACCCGUUUGUCGUUCGCUUCUUGUACAGUACGAUAAUUAGACUACUUGCAGGAUAAGAUUUCUUCGCUUGCAGUCAGGGUCAGGUUUUUGGUAAAUGCGAUAU